GCAGAUCUAGAUGUAAUCGUGGCAGUUAAAGAGGCGGUCCAAGAUGUCAUUUCCAUGGUUACGUAUUUUCCUUGCUCUCAACUGAAAAGUAGGACGCAGUCGUUGGAGCUGAUUGUUCUCUGUCUCAACACAAGAUUACCGUGGCAACCGAAGCAAAAUGGACAAAAUGGACAAAAUGGACAGUGGUGCACAAGUGGAAAAAAAUGGUAUCAAAUCUGUGAAUGACAGCAGUGUGCGUCCCAGUUCACAGAUUCCUGGACUGGGGAAUUGCACUGAUACAGGUGAUGAGAAAAGGGCACAUGGACGUCGAACAGGAGUGGUUGAGACUGAUUCAGAUUAUGUGAAACUGGCAAAACAAGGAGGGCAACAAGGUUUACUGCGGCACGAGGUAAAUUUACAAUCAAAACCAAAUUUGGAUUACACAGCUCCUGACUGGUUUUCGUUUGAGUCUAAUUCUCAAGAACAUCAAAGCACUCAAAAAAGAACAAUUCCUGAUUUUAUGACUUCUGAAGAAUUCCAGAGAAGUCCAACCAAAGGAUCCUUCCAACCCCUGGAUGCUCCCUUUGGGACUGAUAAUAAAACCACAUGGGAGCGGGAAGGUGACAACUUUACAGCUGAUAAAGAUAAGAACACCACAAUGGUCCAGCCUGUAAGCCAGAUGGAGAACCUGUCCUUAACUUCUGAAAACCAUCACCUAGCAAGCAAGUUUAAGAAAACGUCUUCUCAAAAAAGUGAUAAACCUGUUAGCAUGCAGAAGUUGCUGAGUUUUGGCUAUGCAGAUGAUUGGCAUGAAGAGCAUGAUAAGACAAUCCCCAAAGAAACCCCAAAUGCUUUAUUGUCAAUUAAAGACAGUACACUUACCGGUAGUAAACUGGAAAUGAACCAUGCAAACAAGGUGUCAUUGCAUAGAGGAAGCACCAGACAGACAGGGCUUAGAGGACUCAUGUCAAAUAAAGUGGCUGUAGAAAGCAGUGAUACACACUUCAACAUCUUUGGAUAUCGCAGGUAUAGAGGUAGAUCCACAGAGCUAGAACAAUACAUCUGACCAGAAACUGCUUUAGUCUGACAUGGAGAUUGCAGACUGCUUUGCCUUUCCUCAGCAAUAACUUAAUGAUCUUUUUAUUUUAGAUUUUCAUGUAUUAAAUUUGUAUUAUUUUUGUUGUUUAAUUUGAUUUGCUUAUUUGUUUGUAACACAUUUAUAUAUUAUUUCAUAGUUACACUGACCGUGCUCUAUUGUACUUUUUAACACACUGAUAUUUUGAUGGUAGGCUUUCGGCCUAAAUUAUUUUCCCCAGAAUAUGGGACACAAGCUGUGCAAAGCGUGUACAACCUUUAUGGAAAUACACCCUACCAAUUUCUGAAGGGGACUGGCCUUAUUUGUUAAUGAAUUUAUCAUUGUGUGUUAGGAAUACAAUUGAAUCUUUUUCAUUUUAAUUUAAAGACAAAGUCCCUCAUACAUGACCUGUGUUGAAAUAUCACAUGUUAACUGCCCAUGUAUAAUUCCUAUUGUAUUGUUUACAUAAGAGCAGUUAAAAGGGAAAUGAUGGCUAUCUGCCACCACUUUGAUAUUUGCUUAUAACUCAUUAAAACUAAAUACUUAACAAAUAUAAGUGAUGUAUAGAAUAAAAAGAGGACAAUUACCUAGGGGUAUGUAUUAAUUCCAUAACCAUCUGUAGGGGAUUGCCUAAAAACAAGAUGUCAGAACUCUGUAUAAUUAGAAUAAUAAAUAAAAUAAUAAAUAAGACCAAAAUUACAUCUAUGACCCAGAGGCAUUGACUUGAUCUGGUAUUUCUAAUCAGUAAUGUGCUGUGUUGUGUUAGUUGACCUAAUGGAUUUUAACAUACAAUAAAUACAUUAUAAAGAAGCAAGUCUACACACUAGACUGUUAAUUCAUUAAAUAAUUUUGUGGCCCUUAUCUGGAUAUCCACUUUACCAAUUCCUCCAGGAACAAACAUUUUGGCCAAAAUUUUCAAGGGAACUAAGACAGUGGUAAUGUGGGUUUAUUUUAAUAAAUGUCUGACAAUAUGGCUUUCACAAGAGCUUAUCAUAUAUUGUAAUAGCAUGCCAGUCUCAUCACUGUAAGUAAAAACUAAAUUGCAAUUUUAAGUACAAUGUCUUAGCUCUCAAAUACUUUCAACAGGGAUCCAAACAAUAUGCAUUAUUGACAUAAAGCUCCUGUCAUUCUCAAGAAUGGAGUUCCUUGUCAGUUUUGUUUGUUCCCCCCCCCCCCCCCCAACCCCCCC